UCUUUAUGCUUUACACAUUUCCUCGCAGUUUAAAUUUUAAAUUCAUUGAGUGCAGCUAGGACAAACACUCUAUAUCAGUUUAUACAUUUUUUUACGGAAAGAUGGACUUGAUUUCUUUCAUUAUUACAAAAGAUGCACCUAUAAUAUAUCGAUAUUAAUACAGUGUAGUCGUUUACAAUAUUUUGGCUGUGGAUUAUGGUGUAAAAUCUUAUUUUUCUAUACACAUAUCUGUGCUAUAAUGUUUAGUCUGACAAUUCAAAAGUGCAAAAUGCAAAGAAAAUGGCGGCUGUUCCACGCCACGGAUUUUCAAUCAUUAUUGUAUCCCUGCUUCAUUUUUUGUCGUAUUGUCGGAGUAUUUCCGUAUAAGAUCAGUGCAUCAACUUUCGAGAUUUCAAAACCGUCUUAUAUUCUGUCAACUGUGGUCGUCUGUAUUUGUUGUGUUGCUAACUUGGUAUACAUUCAUGGUAUUAUAAUUUCUGGAACAAUUACUUACGGAGAUACAAUCAUGAACGUAUGGGCUGUAUUUUACUUUAUAUUAAACGGUUUUAUAGUAAUCAUCACACACAUUUUGAGUGUUCCACGAAUGCGGCUGCUACAGACUAUUUUGGAAGUCUCUUCGAAACUAUCCUCGAAAUCAUAUCAGAAAUUAUCCAGAUUGAUACUUAUUAAGGAUAUCUGGGCGAUCAUCUUGUUAGUCGUGCACAUGUAUAUAUAUAUUCUUAAAGUGGAAGUGAAGGCUUGUUUUAAAAAAAUCAACAACGAUCUAAUACAUAUGCAAAGACUGACAAACGAUGUGGAGUUAUCUGUUCCCGGUUCCGUUUGCCCUAUACAGAGGAGUCAUAUUUUCCUAAUAGGACUUAAAACUUUAAUGAAACAACAUCUGAUGAUUAACCGGGCGGUGCGAAUGUUAAACAUAAUCUUCAGUCUGCAACUUCUUGCUAUUAUAAUUGUGUUCUUUUCUCAAAUCACUUUUGAAUUGAACUUCUUUGUAAUACACUGGCAAGAUAAGUUACUUAUUAGUCUUGAUUGGCAUGUUCUCGAUGCGUUUGUAACAACUACGGCGUAUUAUGUUGUACAAAUAACACUACUUGUAUGGGCUUGUGAGACUGGUAAAAAUCAAGCACAAAAGAUUAGUACUACCAUUUACGAUGUACUUAAUAACACAACGGACGAACAAAUCAAAGCAGAGUUACGUCUGUUCUCUUUGCAAAUACAGCAUUGCGAAAAUACAUUUUCGGCUAAAGGUCUCACUAUAAAUGCAACGCUUCUCACAGCAAUGGUGCGUAGCAUAACAACAUACGUGUUAAUUUUGGUACAAUUUUUGAUCAUGACACACUCUUGCAAUAGAAAAUCUGAAAUUAAUAUUACAUAGAUAAUUCAGUUGUAUAAGAAAAAACAUGUUAAUUAUAAAAGUAAAGAAGAUGGCCUUUCUAUACUCGUAGAAUUGCUCGUGUAUAUACAUGUAUAAAUGUACGUAUUGAUACGUAAUUUUUUCCUAUAUUUGCAGUAAUAUUAAAUUGCAAAUAUAUUUUUAGCGUGAUUUUCUUACUUUACAU